UUGCUGCUGGUGAUCCGAUAGUUGUGAAAAGCCACCACUAGUCGCCCCCAGUGCUCUUGCAGUCUCCAAUUUUUCUUUCUCACUGUAGACUUAACGUCACGUCCGCACUUGAACUUGAAUUUUAUCCCAUUGUACGGAGCCAGCUCUAGCCACAGAGAGACAGAGAGCUCGGGGGAAGCAGGACUCACUCCGCCAUCUUCACACUCACACAGAGAAAGGGGAGAGAAAAGCGUGCAGGUCUUGAUUUAUUGAGAAAGGAGGUGGCAGCCUGUAUGCCCGGUCUCCACAGAGCCGUACAAGGGGACAGAGCAUUGGAGUUGAGGAGACUGAAAAGUACCUGGCAUUGCAUGCUCAAGGCUGCACCAAGAGAAGUGCCCAUCACUUGGCCAUACCCAAGUGCCCAAGAAGAAAAAUUGGAUUCAUAGUUUUCUAAAAUUUUAUCAUCAAUUAUUGUAAUUGUGUGUGUUUACGAUUUUUUUAUUUGAGUUUUUCGUAUUUUUCUAAAAGAAGAAACGAAGUAAGGCUGAGCCAUUGACUGGACACAGUCUGGGUACCCGAGCUGUCAGCGCGCGCUGACCAUCGCCUUCUGAUUCUUAUUUUUCUCUCACGAGGUGGAGGGACACUUGCCGGUGUUUGAUCUCAACUGUCACUCACAACAACCGUCAAUCAUCCAAGGAUAUUUCCCCCACGUCUGAUCUCUUUCUUUAUUCUACUUGGACAGAUCUCACUUCUCUCACACACCUUUUGCCAAUGGUGUGAGUAGCCUAAAGAGAGAAGGUGAAAUAGAAUUGAAGGUAGGCUACAGCCAGGCUACCCACGGUCUCGUCACACACACACAGGGGCAGAGUGGACCGACGAGACAAAACGCAAAAGACAUUUUCGCAUCUCCAAACGAGGGGACCACUAGCCUACAGCACGACGCCCGACCAACCACUCUCCCCGGCCGGCGGUCCGAGCGCAGGAGCCUCGGUCUUGUGGAGGUCCCGUGAAAAGUUGAGUGCCGAGCAGGAGGAGGCAAUAGGAGGGAAGCGAGCCCAUCCUUCAGAGUGCUGGUCUCCGGGCAAUGCCAGUGUAAAUGCCAGGGCAAUGUCCCGUCGCAAGCAGGGGAACCCACAGCACGUGUCACAGAGAGAAUUAAUAGCACCGGCGGAGUCUGAUCAUGUGGAUGGCGGACUGUCCAUGUCUGACUCCCUCACCCUCCCUCACCCUCACCCCCUGUUGUCCCACCCGGCCCUGCUGGACCCCAGCCUAUCAAACAGCCUGGCCAUGGGUCUGGUUGACCACGACCUGCUCACCUGUGGCCAGUGUCAGAUGAACUUUCCCCUGGGAGACAUCCUGCUCUUCAUCGAGCACAAGAAGAAGCAGUGCCAGGCCCUACUGCAAGGCCACGGCUGCUACGACAAGAUGGCCGCUGACCGCAGCAGCCCCUCCCCGCCCCACCAGCAGCAGCAGAACCAGGGUCGCCACGGCCACUGCCAGCUGAGGAAAGUGGUGGAACCGGUGGAAAUUGGAAUCCAGGUGACACCGAGGAAGGGAUGAGCCUUCAAGCUACAUCUGCACCACGUGUAAGCAGCACUUCCCCAGCGCCUGGUUCCUUCUACAGCACGCCCAGAACACCCACGGCAUCCGCAUCUACCUGGAAUCCAACCCCUCCAGCGCAUCGCUCACCCCCCGCAUCACCAUCCCCGGGCCCCCCAUGGGCCAGGACUCCAUCCCCCAGUCUCCCCUCACCAAUUUCCUGGGAGAGAGCAACCCCUUCCACCUGCUGAGGAUGACCGGGCCCAUGCUCCGAGAGCCCCCUCCAGGCUUCAUGGAGAACCGCGGAGGCCUCCCCAACACACCUCCCUUCGUCAGCCCCCCACCCCGCCACCACCUGGACCCCCACCGACUGGAACGCCUUAGUGCCGAAGAAAUGGGGCUCAUCUCCCAGCACCCCAGUGCCUUCGAGAGGGUGAUGAGGCUAACGCCGAUGGCCAUCGAAUCCCAGUCCAUGGACUUCUCCAGGCGGCUCCGGCAGCUGGCAGGGAACAACAACGUGGCCACCCCUCCUCUGUCGCCCAGCCGGGUCAACCCCAUGCACCGCCUGCUCAACCCCAACCCCUUCCAGCCCAGCCCAAAGUCUCCCUUUCUCAGCACCCCGCCCCUGCCGCCCAUGCCCCCCAACAGCACCACCCCGCCCCAGACGCAGGCCAAGAGCAAGUCAUGCGAGUUCUGUGGGAAGACCUUCAAGUUCCAGAGUAACCUGGUGGUCCACCGGCGGAGCCACACCGGGGAGAAGCCCUAUAAGUGUCAGCUGUGUGACCAUGCCUGCUCCCAGGCCAGCAAGCUGAAGAGACACAUGAAAACACACAUGCAUAAGUCUGGUUCCAUGACAGGACGGUCUGACGACGGGCUCUCCACUACCAGCUCACCGGAGCCGGGCACCAGCGACGUGACAGGAGAGGGCAUGAAGAACCGAGAUGGAGACUUCAGGGGUGAGGGCGAAGAGGAGGAAGAGGAGGAGGAGGAAGAGGAGCCGGAGAACGAGAGCAGGCCGGAGUCAAACUUCAGCAUGGACAACAUGGAGUUCUACCGUAACCGUGAGAAUGGCUCCAAGCCGCCAUCAGACGAGAAGAAUGCCCUCUCUCUGGGCAAGAUGGUGGAGAGCGUGGGCCUGAGCACUAUACAGCAGUACAAUAACUUGAUAGUCGACAAUCGUAAAAAUCGGAUGCUCUUCUCCAAGAGGGGGUCCGAUGGGCAGCGGGACACUGGGGAUGAGGACUCUGUGGUGGGAGAGAUGGAGAGGGAGCACCAUCACCACCAGAUGGAAAGGGACCACCAGAAGCCCACGGUCAACGGCAGGAACUGUGGCUCCGGCGACUCUUUCUCAGGCCUGUUCCCCCGCAAACCCACUCCCAUCACCAGCCCCUGCUUGUCCAACUCCUCCAACAAGAGGAUCAAGAUUGAGAAGGACCUGGAAAUGCCCCCGGCGCCCCUCAUCCCCUCCGAGAAUGUCUACUCCCAGUGGCUGGUGGGAUACGCUGCCUCACGACAUUUCAUCAAAGACCCUUUCCUGGGCUUUACCCACUCCAGACAAUCUCCCUUUGGCACCUCCUCUGAGCACUCGUCUGAGAACGGCAGCCUGCGUUUCUCCACGCCUCCCGGGGACCUCCUGGAUGGCGGCCUGUCGGGGCGCAGCGGCACAGCCAGCGGGGGCAGCACUCCUCACUUGGGGGGCCCGGGACCUGGCCGGCCCAGCUCCAAGGAGAGCCGACGGAGCGACACCUGCGAGUACUGCGGCAAGGUGUUCAAGAACUGCAGCAACCUGACAGUGCACCGACGCAGCCACACGGGAGAGAGGCCCUACAAGUGCGAGCUGUGCAACUACGCCUGCGCCCAGAGCUCCAAGCUCACCCGCCACAUGAAGACCCACGGGCAGAUGGGGCUCCCUGUGAUGUGUAGUUGAACGCAUUCUGAGAGAAGUAGCAACUCUGACACACACAGAAUGCACAGCUGAGUGAGCUUUUUAGGAAAGAUUUUUCGGUCUUCAGCAAGCACCAACCUUUGCCCAAAUCACCACUCCCUGUUAUUUUGAAUAAUGUACCCCCUGUCCUACCCCCCUGUUCCGAUCCCCCUCAAGUUGACCUUUGACAUCCAAGUCUUUUUUAUUUUUUUUAUUUUUAGAAUUGAGGUAAAAAUAUGUCAUUGAGAAGACAUAGAAAAACAUGAACAGCUCUUUGCAGAUGACCCGCACUUUAUGAUUUGUCUAUUUUUAUGAUUUUUUUUACACACAAAAAAAAAGAAAAUUGAAAAUACGGCUUCUGAGCAAGAAAUUACUUUGACUGGAUUUAUUCGGCCUGGGUAACGGGUUCUAGAGUUUGGAAUCAGUUGAGAUUGAAGUGCUAGCAUUGCUAUAGGCGUGGCUUUCCCAAUGCUGGCACUAUAAAAAUGAGAAAUUAAUUUAUUGGGACAGUUUUUGUACUGCCAUUCAAUUUGACAUGAGUGUGCCUUGAAUACUGAUCUUCCUAUUCACCGUCUCUCAAGACAAAUGCAACACUUUUGUGAAGCAAAGGAAUUGAACAUAAUGAAAACAAAUGUAUCAAAUUUAUGCGUCAACUUAGUUUCUAAUUUGAUUAUGAAAUGUCAAUAGAAUAUCAGAGAUUACUUAAAAAAAACACAAAAAUUCAACAAAGCUGCAUUUAGGUUAGGAGUACUCAGCACAACAUUGGUGUGUCUGUGUGUGUAUAUAUGUAUACAUAUGUACAUAUAAAGGCACAAACCUAUAUAUAGAUAUAUAUCAAAUUCUUCACUUCAGGACAAGACUGCGUCCCUAGAUAGAAACAUGGUCAGAGUGGAUUGUUAUACCACACAAUAGUCAAGGAAGAGACUGGACAAAAAAAUCAGGAACUGCAGAAACAAAACAAAAAAUAAUUUAGUGCACUCUGUCUUAAAAUACGUUUACAGUAUUGAAACAAGUACAAGGGUCAAAUAAUAAUUGUGUGUAUGUGUGUUUUUAAAAAAAAGUAUUUUUCUUUUCAAGUUUGCUUAUACCGUUUCUCUGAAUGCCAUAGUGGCGAUGUGUAUAUUGUUUUUUUUUUGGUGACGGGGUUUUAGUAUAUAUAAAUAUACUGUAUAUGAAUAUAUAUUACAUUUUUCUUGUUUACUGUAAAAGUAUACCAGUAUUUGUAAUAUUGGAGAAUGCCUGGGCAUUUUACAAAAAUAGAAAAAAAUGUUGUUUUUACAUUUUUAUUUUGCAGUCCAAUUUAAAUUGUGGGUCUCUUAAAAUGUUUUUGUCACUGUACCUGUAAAAGUCUUAAGUUUUAGUAACUUUUAUUCUGCCUUGGGUGUAAUAAUAAUAAUUUUAAAAAAUGAAUUAAAAAAAAGUGAACUGUAACAAACUUGGAUGGGGGGGGGGGGGGGGGGGGGGGGGGGGGCAGCUGAUGGACGUUCUGGAAGUUUCCCUUGUAGAAACUAUGGAACAUUGGAAUUGCUUUGCAGGAAAAUACUGACAUUCCUGAUCUGUAUCUAUUGAUCUUCUCCUGGAAUGGAUAUUCUUCAUGGCUGGUUUGAAAUACAUGUGUAGGCACUUGCUGUCGUUCUACAGAAGCUUGUAUUUUUUAACUUGUAUGUGCAUCCUUUGUGAAAAGGGGUACUUUAAGUACCUGUAUGUCAUUAUCUUAUUUGGGGGAGGGGGACAACAUUGCAACUUCAAGAUACAACUCACAGGCUGCCACCAUAUAUUUUCUUUCAUUUGGCAGGAUAAAAUUGUGCAAAAAAACCCCUGAUGAAUUUGUAUUGUUGAAAUGAAUCUUAUUGUACAGAAGGGAAAUAAAAGGUUGUUUGACAUCCUUUUAGCGACAAAAAUACACAAGUAGAUGUUUUUGUUUACUAUUGUAUUGGUUGUACAUAUUGUUCUAUGAUUACCCUGACUUGUUUUGUUUUCAUUCUUUAUUCCAUUCUUAUUAUAGUUUGUGUUCCAACUGGCACUGCCCUUUGACCCUUGACCUUUGUGACCUGUGUGUCAGUUGUACAGGCACCUGACCUGCCUCCCCACAGGUUUCUCAGCAUGAGAAGAAUAGAGCACAAAUACAAACUGUUACAAUUCCAAAUGUUUUGCUCUUUUUUUUUGGUCUCUUUUUGUUUCCUGUAAAUGCUAGCUCUUCUGAUAUGUCCCUGCUCUGUCCCUUCAGUCAGAGAAGGGACAUAUAUAGAAGAAAAACAGAGGAAAGUAUCUAAUGAAGUGCAGGGACAUUAUAUAUCUGGAUACCACAGUUCGACUCCUACACAUACGACUCACAGAACCAUGUAGUGUACACAGAGCAGCCUUGGCUGGAUACGAUCAAAGCUACAAGCUAAAUUCGCCUCAAACCAUAAGUUAUAUCUACAGGCAGUUAGUAGCUACCGUACCUGACCACGAUACGGACACCUAUCAAUCAGUCAGAACCAGGGUGUGUAUUCGAAACCUGCUCACUUAGAUGUUCAGAACGGUUCUCCAACUGUUUAGCAGCACAGAGCUCCCAUAUCUGUGCUUUAUCGUCUUUUGAAAUGUUUAUGUUUCCUCUCAAAUAUUGGUGCUUUGAUAUGUGCUAAGAGCUAUGUCCUGUUGGCUGCACUGUUUGUCCGCCCCUGGGCACCGUAGACAGAACACCAAGCAGAGCUAAGCUAUGCUGUUGAUUGUGUUCACUUUGUGUAAAGACAUCUUCAUGGAACACUGCCCUGUCUGUGGGUGUAUUCAGUUAGUUUUCCUUCACAGAGGUUCAGGUCUAAUAGGCUAUGCAGAUUAGCCCCUCUACCAGAGAGACAGAGUUGACGUUAGUACGAAGGUCCUGAUUAUGAAAUGACGCUUUGCUGCUGUUCACUCUUUAGGUUUCACAUUCCAUAAUUUGACUAUUUCCUUUUAGAAAUGUUUCUCAUGUUUGUAUUUAAAGAAUAAUACAGGGUUGGGUUGAGGACAUGGAAAAAUCUGUCAUUUUUGAUAUGUAGUAAUGUCCGGAUCGGGGACGUACAGGGGGAGGGCUGGAGGCGUUGACUAGGGAUGUUAUGCUGUGUGUGAUGUCAAUUUAUUUAAAUACGUUAACUGAUUCUUUAGGCUGCGAUUGGCUGUGUUGUCUAUGAUGUCACUGAGGUGAGGACAGCGUUCCGUCGUUCUCAGGCCUGAUGAGUCCAAUGCCAUUGGUUCGUUACAGUAAACAUGAUAUUCAGACACCACA